AUAUAACUCACUUUCCCUCCUAAAACCAAACAAAACACAACCACAAAAACAAAAACACAACAACGUUGGUUACUAGUAGUAACUGAUAUAACUACCGCUUUUGCACACGUUCUUCCAUUCACUCAAACAACUCCAGAAAACCAAACUUUCCGUCAGGUAUCAUGUUUUCCACCGACCCACAAGCGACCUCGCCGGACUCGGGAGGUUCCCGUCCGGCGCUGUCGGACGAGGAGGUGUUUCUGGCAGCGAGCCACCCCAAGAAACGCGCUGGGAGGAAGAAGUUCCGGGAGACGCGCCACCCGGUGUUCCGCGGCGUCAGGCGGAGGGACUCCGGUAAGUGGGUGUGCGAGGUGCGCGAGCCCAACAAGAAGACUAGGAUUUGGCUGGGGACCUUUCCUACGGCGGAGAUGGCGGCGCGUGCACACGACGUGGCUGCGCUGGCGCUUAGGGGAAGGUCGGCCUGUCUCAACUUCGCCGACUCCGCGAAUCGGUUACCGGUGCCGGCGACGGCUGAUCCCCGGGACAUUCAGAAGGCGGCGGCAGAGGCUGCAGAGGCGUUUCGGCCCGGUAACGAAUCGGGAAAGGAUGAUGAUGCGGUGGUGGAGACCGUGGCGACAGCGACGGAGAGUGUUGAAGAAAAAGAGAUGGAGGAUCUGAGGAACAUGGUGCUGAUGUCGCCAACCCAUUGCUUCGAGAGUGAUGAAUAUGGAAGUACGGAAAUGGAAUUUGAAGACAUUGAAGUUUCGUUGUGGAGUUACUCACUCUAAUCUUUUGACUCAUUAUUGGAUUUUUAAUUGCUAUUUUGGGAAUAGUACAAGAGUAUCCGUACUUAUAAUUUUUUUACUAGUACGAGACUGCUCAUUUAGGUGUCUCAACUCCAAAAUCACCUUUUUAUGGAUAAGUUCACACAAAUUUGAAAUUUAAGUUGUGUAUAUACAACAGUACUGUAAAAUAUCAAGAAUUCUUAUAAGAUUUUUUAUUUUUUCUAUUUUGG